UCUUACUUAAAUCGAAGAAAACCGCACAAAUAGAGAAGGAGAGUAAAAGCCUUUCCAUUUUCCUCAUUCCCUUUUUUUCCGUUUAUGUUUUCACACACCUGAAUUUUCCAUGAAACUGAGGGAGGUUUCAACCCAAUCUAACAUUUUGCACUAACAGUUCCCUCCAUCUCUCUCUUCCAGUGAGAUGUGAGAAGACAAAGCUUCUCUCAAUUGGGUUCAGUUCAGUUGUGUUUCUUUUGGCUUCUCUGUAUCUCAUGUGGGUUAUGUCAGCUAAGCUGCUAAAGCAAAGUCUAGAGGGGGAGGUAGAGAGAGAAAGUGAGAAGCUUUUUCCUCUUUUUUUUUUUCUUUCAAAGACCAAGCCUUUACAGCAAUACCCAGUUGCUUUUUUUUGCUUCUCUCCUUCAUUAGAUUUACACAAGCUGUCACAAUCUUGAGUGAUGAAUCAAGAGCUUGCAUACCAGAUCAAAUCAAAGCUCUGGAGUCAGAUUCUGGAGCAUUUUUUGAGAUAGAUUUCUGGGUUUUGUCUGUAAUCAGUCAAUUGAGGGGCUCAAUCUCUUUGUGAAAAUUCCUGAGAGAAAGUCUUGCCUUGAAAAUGAGGGAUUUCCCAUCUUGUUUUGGUGAAAAUGGGGUUCAAGUUGCUGAUUCUUCUUCGUCGAAUAAUCAUAAUACUAGUAGGACUGCCCAGAAUUUGGUUACUUGUAUCUAUCAAUGCCGGUUGCGCAGCCGGACUUGCUUGAUUACUGUCACAUGGAGUAGGAAUUUGAUGGGUCAAGGCCUUAGUGUUGGGAUAGAUGAUUCGUCAAAUCAGUGUCUUUGUAAGGUCGAUAUUAAACCCUGGUUGUUCUCCAAGAGAAGAGGGUCCAAGAGUUUAGAAGCUUAUUCUAGUAAAAUUGAUAUAUAUUGGGACUUUUCUUCUGCAAAAUUUGGAUCUGGGCCUGAACCGGUAGACGGAUAUUAUGUGGGAAUUGUGGUGGACCGGCAGAUGAUUCUCCUUCUUGGAGAUAUGAGAAAGGAAGCUUUUAAAAAGACUAGUGCUAGCCCUGCAUCUUCUAAUGCUGUUUGCAUUGCCAGGAGAGAGCACAUUUUCGGGAAGAAGUUGUUCACCACGAAGGCUCGGUUUUGUAAUGAUGGUCAAGUUCAUGAUCUUGUGAUUGAAUGCGACACAGUUGGGGUCAAUGAUCCAUGCCUUAUUGUCCGUGUAGACAGCAAGACGGUGAUGCAGGUGAAGAGGCUUCGGUGGAAGUUCCGGGGAAAUCACACCAUCUUGGUUGAUGGGCUUGCAGUUGAAGUUUUCUGGGAUGUGCACAAUUGGCUCUUUGGUACAUCACCUGGAAAUGCUGUAUUUAUGUUCAAGACAUGCCUCUCAGCCGAGAAGUUGUGGUCUGGCCAACCACAAUCCGAUCCAAGUGCCCUGCAGUGGUCGUUUUCACAGAGAUUUUCAGACAGCAAGUCACAAGGGCUAGGAUUCUCGCUCAUGCUGUAUGCUUGGAAGAACGAAUAGAGGAAGUUGGAAGUUCUUCAUUGAUUGCUAACAGAAGACAACCUCUAGUGAGUGAUGAAUUUAUCAGCUAUUAUGUGAUUGCAUUACCACAAAAGAAAUUGUUAGAUAUGGUCAUUUGUUCUUUCUUACCCUUGUUGCUUCUGUUUCUCCUAAUGAGUAGCUUGAGCAAUCAAAUAGAUCAGAGACAGUUUUGUUUUUACUGGUUGUAUAUCGUCCAUACAGUGUUAAUUUCAUUCUUAAUUUUUUUUACUUCUCAGAAUUUUAUGUCAAUAUCAUUGCUCUGCAAUUUUUUCA